AUGCCUCCAACCCCUUCUUUCAAACAAAACCACCCCAACCAGACGAAGACUCCACAGUCCAAGCACCGUCUCAACUUCAAUGGCCCCAAAUCAGCACCAGCAAUACACCCUUCUCCCAACCCCAAUUCUGUUGCAAACAAGGAACCCCCUCCUGAACACCCAAUUGAAGUCAUUGCCAGAAUCCGUGACUACCCAGAUCGAAAGGAUAAGCCUUUAUCUGUUCUUCAAACCAAUUCCAACUCGAGUUCCAUCCGGGUUCGAGCUGAUUUUGGGUACCGGGACUUCACCCUUGACGGGGUUUCUGUGUCUGAGGAAGAGGACCUGGAUGUGUUCUAUAAGAAAUUUGUGGAGUCAAGGAUCAAUGGGGUUAAGCUUGGGGACAAAUGCACCAUCAUGAUGUAUGGACCAACUGGUUCUGGGAAGAGUCACACCAUGUUUGGGUGCUCAAAGCAGGCAGGGAUUGUGUAUAGGUCUCUGAGGGACAUUCUUGGAGAUGGGGAUAAUGCAGAUGGAGAUUCUGGGGAUGAUUCAAGAGGAGAACAUCUCGGGUUGGGGACUUUUGUUCAAGUCACUGUUUUGGAGAUUUACAAUGAGGAGAUUUAUGAUCUGUUGUCCACCAAUGGAGGAGGUGGGGGAGGAGGGUUUGGGUUUGGCUGGCCUAAGGGUGGUAGUGCUUCAAAGGUGAAACUUGAAGUGAUGGGUAAAAAGGCUAAGAAUGCUACCUAUAUAUCUGGAAAUGAAGCAGGGAAGAUCUCAAAAGAAAUUCAGAAAGUGGAGAAGCGAAGGAUUGUUAAAAGCACACUUUGUAAUGACAGAAGUUCCAGAAGUCACUGCAUGGUAAUCCUUGAUGUCCCAACUGUGGGUGGGCGUCUAAUGCUUGUAGACAUGGCAGGAUCAGAAAAUAUUGAACAAGCUGGUCAAACUGGAUUUGAGGCCAAAAUGCAGACUGCAAAAAUCAAUCAAGGAAAUAUAGCGCUGAAGAGAGUGGUGGAGUCAAUUGCAAAUGGCGAUUCGCAUGUACCAUUUAGAGACAGCAAGCUUACUAUGCUUCUGCAGGAUUCCUUUGAAGAUGAUAAGUCAAAAAUUCUAAUGAUACUGUGUGCAAGUCCUGAUCCUAAGGAGAUACACAAGACAAUCUCUACACUUGAAUAUGGGGCAAAAGCAAAAUGCAUAGUCCGUGGCCCUCAUACUCCAGUCAAGGAUGAUGAAUCUUCUUCUGCUGUCAUUUUAGGCUCAAGAAUUGCUGCAAUGGAUGAAUUUAUCUUGAAGCUACAAAUGGAAAACAAGCAAAGAGAGAAAGAGCGUAACGAAGCGCACAAAAAGCUUUCGAAGAAAGAAGAGGAAAUUGCUGCAUUAAGAACUAAAUUGAACCUGUCAGAAGGAAAAGGAACUCCACCAAGUGAGGAGGAAAUUAACCUGAAGGUAAAUGAACGAACUCGGCUUCUAAGACAAGAGCUGGAAAAGAAGUUGGCGGAGUGCCAAAGAAUGACUAACGAGUUUGUUGAAUUGGAGAGGAAGAGAAUGGAAGAGAGGAUACUGCAGCAGCAGGAGGAAGUUGAAACUCUGAGAAGGAGAUUGGAAGAAAUUGAGUUGCAGCUAUCAAGCUCAAGGCAAGGGGGGAAUAGUGAGGAAAAUGAGUCAAAAGACAUGGAGUCAAGUGGGUUUAUGAGAAGGCUAUUGCGCGUUUACAAAAGUGAGGAGGAUCCUGGAAUGGUGAAGUCAAUGGAUUUAGACAUGGACGAUCAAGAACCCCUUGGCCGUGAAGUGAACAUCAUUGGUGGACUUAUGUGCAGGAGUAAUAAUGAUUACAAUGUUAAGCAAGACUUUUCAAACCAACCUUGCCCAAAUAAUUUGAAUGGUGGAAAAGAUGAUGCUCAUAUUUUUGCACCCAACUUUGGCCAAAGGGUAUGCCUUAGUACAGUAUACGAGGAAGAAGGAGAAGGAGAAGGAGAUGAAGACAAAGGGGAUGAGGAAGUGGAGAAAGAAGUGAUAGAGGAAACGAGGGUAUGUAGUGUUGACAAGCCAAGUGGCUCCUUGGCAACGAUAAACAUGUCGAACACAAGUCCAAUGAAAGAGGAUUGCUGUUUCAAUGUAAGUUCAGUGGAUGAAAAGGAUCUUGGGCCUUCUAGACUACUGAGAAUUCAGAAUAUAUUCACACUUUGUGGCAACCAAAGAGAACUGUCCCAGCACAUUGGAACCCCAGUUCCCACAAAAAAGAUAUCUGAUGAAACUUUUGAGCUUUCUCCUGCCAAGAGAAGUGACAAGGAUUCCGUUUUCAAAACCUCCAACAAGGAGAACUUCGAACCACAUAAUGUUUUGGGAAAUUAG